UGUCCUCGGUGUCACCGUAUGUCUCCUUCUGCGUCUGUCUGUCACCGUCUCAGAUAACCAUCGGUAGGCGCAGGCUAGCCACGAGACCAAGCUGCACUGGAAGCCAUUGAAUGGUGCUUUCGAGGGCACAGACCCCCGAAGCUCAGCUGCUAUGGUAUGGCGGGCUGGUUGGCUGUGUGGCUGUAUGGCGGUAUUGAUGUCUGACUGGUUGGUUGGCUGGUUGGCUGGUUGGUUGGCUGACUGGCUAGCUGAGAAUGUGAAAUGUUCCUGUCGUCAUCUGGGAUGCAUGGUUUGCAGAGCCCAGGUCAUUGGCGCGGGAUGUGAUGAUAUACGUUUAAGGCAAGGCUUCCAGAGCCCUGAGGCGAACCCGAGGCGAACCCAUGAGCCACGAGGAUGGAGACCGGGCCGGCGUGCCUGCCAGGGUGAGCAGCGGAGUGAUCAGUCAAGGGGAGCGCAGGAAGCGCAGGGAGCGCCGGUAGCACAUGCGUAGUAGUGGAUCGUGGGGGAUCGAGCCAUGAAGCUUGGCUCGAGUGCUCGGCCGGUGACAUUUGAGGUUGAGGAUGGUUGAGGUUAUGGCUGAGGCAAGGAUUGAGGUUAGGGUUGGGAUUAGGGUUGAGAGCGGCCGAAGACUGCGUUGAGAGAGGGAA